AUGGAAAAUAGUGAGGAACCGAAGGAUUUGACUUUUCUAGAAGACAAAGUGAAGAAGAGACGUAUAUUGUCACAUAAACGUGAUGUCUGUAAAAAGUCCUUCUCUGAAAAGGGUAACUUGAAUAAGCAGAAAUGUAUUCAUACAGGUGAAAACAGCAGUUCUUUGACUGCUCACAGACGUGUUCAUACAGGAGAGAAACCAUAUCACUGUGACAUCUGCAACAAAUCUUUUUGUGUCAGUAGUCAGCUAACUUCUCAUAAACGUAUUCAUACAGGGGAGAAGCCAUAUCACUGCAACAUCUGUGGCUUGGUUAGGCACAAACAUAUUCAUUCAGUUGACACACCAUAUUCUUGUAAUAUCUGUGGCAAAUCGCUCUCAUGCAAAAGCAGUUUAACUUCUCACAAACGUAUUCAUACGGGUGAGAAGCCAUAUUGCUGCAACAUCUGUAACAAGUCUUUCUCUGUAAGUUGUAAUCUGACUAUUCACAAGCGUAUUCAUAGAGGAGAGACACCUUAUUCUUGUGAUAUCUGUGGUAAAUCAUUCUUUCAACUUGGCAACUUAGCUACCCAUAAACCUUUCAAGUUUUUACGAUAUGAUUGUUUGUAUUUAAAUGACAUUGUAGGGUAG